AUGGAGAACCACCAGUCCCAAGACCUGGAGUUGUGGAGGAUGAGCUGGCGGCUGGAGACCCAGGAUAGCUCCAGUCCAAAGGCCACUGGGCUACAGACCCAGGAAGAGCCAACAGGGAUCCAGUUCACGUCUGGAGGCAAGUUAAAGCUGGGGCAACUGGUGCACAAAAUGGAUCUCGUUCAGGAGGAUCAGCGUGACUUGAUUUUCGAAGAGAGAGAGGAAGACCUGGGGUGUUUAUCUCGCCCGCUGGAGUGUGCUUGUUUUCGAACAUCCAUCUGGGAUGAAAAGCUCUACAAAGCCUGGUUCAGCAUUGUUUAUCAGCUGAUUCCCAACGUUCAGCAGCUGGAGAUGAACCUAAGGAAUUUCACCCAGAUUAUCGAAGCCGAUGAAGUUCUGCUGUUGGAAAGAGCUGCGUUAUUAGUGAUUUCCCAUUACCAGCGCAAAGAGCAGCGUGACGUCCACUCAUUUGAGAUCAGCAACAUCAUCAAGCAGUUCAAGCUGGGCUGCAGUAAAUUGGCCGCUUCUUUCCAGAGCAUGGAAGUUAGGAAUUCUAGCUUCGCUGCUUUCAUCGACAUCUUCACAUCAAACACAUACGUGAUGGUGGUUAUGUCAGAUCCGUGGAUCUGAGUAACAGAGUAGUUCCGCAGCUACUCUGGUCAACAUUCCAAUGCCAAGAAACACUUUGAGAAGCUGGAGAGAGUGGAUGGCCCCAAGCAUAGUCUCCUUAUGUGCUGA